AUGAAUAACAAUCUUCCUACUCAAGUAGUCAAGGCUCCUAUUCAAACUCAAAACCGUCCUCAAACAAAUCAAGUCCCGCAAGGAUCUCCAUCAUCAGACGAUGAAAGACCUCAGUUUGGCACUGAUACUGAAUCUCCAGACUCUGCUAUUUCCAAUGAGUGA